AUGACACAAAGGGUAUCAAUCAAGAACUUGAAGGACAUCACCCCGGCGAAGCAUGUUGUCCGGGCGAUCCACAACUCCGACUGCCGCACCCCAAUUAUCUUCAUCGAGGAGGACGAGGACCCCUUUGUUUCCGUGAGCUAUAUGGCCGCGAAACAGGACUCCGCCGUCUGGGGUUUCGACCUCGCAGUGAAUAAAAGCAAGCAGAACAUCAUGGACUAUAUCGACGUCAGCGUGAACAACGGGGACUGGGUCUACCUCACGAACUGCGAUGCGGUCGACGAGACCUUCUUCCGCGACGUCACGCGCUUUAUCUACCACCUCAAGCCCGACCCCAAACACUACCCCCGCCGUGAGCUUUUCCGCUGUGUGUUUUGCGUCCAAAAGGCCUUUGACCUGAACGGGCCCGCCGAGAAGCCCUUCCCACUGCUUCUCCUGCAGAUCUCCAUUAUCGCGCGGACGGUGUCGGGGAACCCGAAGUGGACCCGCAUCCUCCCCGCGAAUGCCGACCUCUACGCUGAGGCCCAGUCCAAACGACAGCGGCGCCGCAGCCAAGGCCGGGAUAGCGAUAGCGAAAGCGACAUCGACACCGAGUACCCUAUCUCGGGCAAGCUUUUUUACCGCGCGAUUGAACUCGACAACGACUACGUUUGCUCCCAGCGCUAUACCGAGAAGCAGAUUCUUGAAAAGGCGAUUCGGGAGGACGACGUGCAGACAAUACAGGAACAGGGGAAGGGGAUGAAGGUGGAUCUGGACGCCGAGCUCUGUGAGGGUAUGACGCCACUUCAACUGGCCUGUGUCCUGGAGCAUACGGAAUCCGUAAGGGCACUUUUAGAAUUGAACGCGGAUCCGAAUCGACCUCGCUCGACGGAUGGCCGUCCACCUCUUUUUAUGUCCAUCGAUGACGUCAAACUGGCGGAGGCUCUCGUCGACGGGGGGGCAGAUUUAUUCGCAAAGUAUGAGGGCUUCCGAGCAGAUUCACAUCCCGAUACCGCGCCGGACGUUGCAGCAUACCUACGAAAGGAACGAAUACGGGUAUAA